UCGUAGCUCAGGUAGAAAUAGUCCAGUCUGUAUCAAGGAAGAACUUGAAGACAUGGGCUAUGGUGACAUUCAAAGUAGAGCUAAUCCUGGAAAAGAAAGCAACAAGCAUGAUGAUGAAUGGCCCUCUGGUAAUCAAAUGAAAGAGGAGGGUUCAGCUGAUGAAUAUGACAACCAAAGUCAUUCCAAGCCAUAUGUUAAAACAGACCAGUUUGGGAAAGGAGAAUCUAGGAAUAACUCUCUAUUGAAGGUGAAGUUCAGAAAUUGCGUUUCAACAGUUGAGCACUUAGAGAAUCAGAAGGGGAGAGAGGAAGAUGCCCAAGACAGGCUUCACAGACCUAUAAACAUACAGAGGCGGAGAGACACUGACAAAAGAUACAAGUGUAAUGAGUGUAGCUCAUCAUUUGACAGACAGACAAAACUUGAGACCCAUAUCAAAACAUAUCAUGCAACUGAAACUAAUAGCCCGGGAGACUCUGAAGAUAAUGAAGAACUCAAUGACUCAUAUGAUGAUGAAGACUUUGUGAUUGAAAAGGAAUAUGAGAAUGGAGAUGAGCAGAGUAGUGAUAAAAGUAGUGAGGAGUCUGAAGAUGAUAAACAUGAAAUUGAAGAUGAAAAUAUAGAGGAGUCUGGAGAUAAUGAACAUGAAAAUGAAGAUGAAAAUAUGGAGGAGACUGAUACACAAUUUGGAGAACUUCCAUUUGAGCCAGAGUUCAUAUAUAGCUACCAGUGUAUUGGAUGUAAAAAGAUUUUGUCAAAAUCUGAGGUUGUAACCAAAGAUGAGUUAAAUGACCUGGAUGAAGGCUCUAAAAAUCUGAAAAAUGAGCAAGAUAAGGAUGGGAGGUAUAACCCUGAAAAGACUGAUACUACUCCUAAAGAAGUCACUAUUGCGUCUGCCCUUGCUGCUGAUUCUAGUGCUGGAAAUGGUACAAAUGAUAUUAACCACAAUCCAGUUGAAGAACAUGUCACACCAAUUAAUCAGAAAUUCCCAAUUAUAGAGGGACAGAGCAUAGAUAGUAUUAAAGAAACACCUAAAGCAAAUAAUGGGGAGAAACAUGGAAUGAAAGGAAGAACCAGUCAACAAAAUGAUGUUAUAAAUGAUGAUCAAACAACCACACUGCCUUAUGACGACAAUGGCAAACAGAAAGCAGAUGAAACUGAAAAUGGCAAACAUGGUACCACAUAUACAGGCAGCUCCAUAGAGGGUCAGGUUGAUACUAAUCAAAAUGUCAUACAAAUACAGAGCAAGGCCAGCGAAGGAGCCGUAAGUACAACAAACAUUACAAAUGCCAUCAAAACAAAUGAACUUAGUGAAAACAUGACAAAGGAAACCUCACCGGAAGCUAUUCAGUUAAAUACUAUUUCAAACCAUGUGACAGUUUCAGUAUUCUGUGAAAGAUGUACAAGCGUCAAUGUUAACAGCUCACUCAAAACAUUCUGCCAGGAUAACAAAAUCUCACCUGAACACUGUGAAAUGAUGUUGGAUGGACCAAUUGACUUGAUGAUAACUGAUGAGGAGGCUUCAAAACAUUACUUCUGUGAGAAAUGUGAUGAUAUAGUUGACUCAGCUGAGUAUUUUUACACACACAUAGUGCACUGCCUUGAAGAAGCACACAACUGUAUCAGGUGUGAUGCCCACAUACAAGAAGUACAUGCCUUCGAAGUACACAAAAAGAAAUGUAUGGGUUAUAGCAUUGAAAAGAACACUGACAUUUUCAAUAAGCACUAUACCUGUCUCAAAUGCCAGUUUGAAACAGUAAAGUACAAAGAUUAUGAAAAGCACAUGACAAAAUGCAUCAACCAGAAAAGUCAAUAUCCAAAAAUGAAUAGUUUGGAGGAUAUAGGACUCAAUACAAAAAAACAGGCUUCCUCCCAAAACAUACUUAAGAGCCAUGUUUUAUGUACAUUCUGCAAGAAGAAAUUCAGUUCAAAGGCUAAUUAUAACAUACACUACAAAAUGAUACAUGCCCCUGUAGCAUAUAUUCGCUGCCCUAUCUGUGAUCAGUUCAAAUGCCGCAAAAUAGACGUGUCAGUUAUGAUUUCCCAUAUUGGAGUUUGCAGAAUCCUAGAAGCCCAUUCCAAAAAGUUAUCUUCCAAAGUGAAUGACAACCAGCACAUUAUUGAAACCACUGGAAGGGAAGCUCAUGAGCUGAUAUGUGAUAAGUGUUUCAAGGGCAUUCACGAUGAAAAUAGUUUUAAGGACCAUAGGCAGAAAUGUCCAGGGAAUCUACGAUGUUGGCUUUGUAAAGAGAUGUUUAUAGCAAGUGGCCCUCUGGAAAUAAUGAACAGUGUUUGCUUCGUUAAAUAUAAACCUCUGGAUUAUUUGCAAAACAAUAAAGAUAGCAUGGAAAGAGGAAGUAAAAAGAAGAUGAAGAGAAAGAGAAUUGAGAGUAAAACUACAGAGAAAGGUUGCAGUAGAAAAAAGAUUGAACAGAUGACAAAGAGUGAUUUUCCAGAGAGGGUAGAAAAUCAGAAUAAUAAGAGAGAAAAGGUCAAACAGAUUCAGAAAGAUCUAAAAUCUCAUUUCAUAAUGACAAAAACAAAACUGCCAGAAACUGUAGGAAAAAGACAGAAUAAUAGUAAAAAGGUUAAACAGAUUAAAGAAAGUGUUCAAAUCGAAUCAAUGAUGACAGAUGAGGAACUGUCUGAAAAGGUGGAGAGUAAAAAUAGAGAGAGGAAACAAUUUGAAAAGAUGUGGAUUGACGACAUGAUUGUGAGACCAACCUGUGUGUGUAAAGGCUGCAACGGAAUCUUCCUAAAUGCAGAGUCGUUAAGGAAACACAGUGACACAUGUCAGCCUUGGUUGUUGCGCUGCAACUUCUGUGGCACAUUCAAAUGUCCAUCAUCUGACAUUGCCAAAAUGAGAACACACUCACAGAAAUGUCUCGCCAGGGAAAUGAUGUGUGACAAAUGUGGAAUACAUUUUGAGAAUUACGUAAAAUUAAAAGCCCAUUUAAAGUUUUGUAUUCAGACCCACGCCUGUCCAUACUGUGAGAUGGAGCACUCCCAGAUGUCAUUUAGGUCACAUAUACGGAUGGUUUGCAUGAGAAAGGACUCUAAAAUCGCUAUGGACAGGUUGCAGUGUGUUUUCUGUCUUAGCAAGCACCUCAACACAAAACAGCUAAAAGAGCACAUGAAUACAUGCGAUAGGUUCAAAUGCUUGAAAUGCAACCUUGAAGUAAGUGAUAAAGAAGCUUUGAGACACCAUUACCUCGCAUGUGCCAGAAUUCUCUUGCUACGGGAUAGGAGCAUCAAAGAGCCAUAUCUCUGUGAGAAAUGCGGGGAGAUUUUGACAUUUGAUCAAUAUGACGAUUACCCCCAUAAGUUGAUAGGGAUGCACAUGGAAAAGCAUAAGAUGGAAGUGUUGGAGAGAAGCCAUAUAUGUGAAACAUGCAGCAAAGGAUUCAAGACACCCAAUCAGCUGAAGUCUCACUCAUUGUCACACAAAACUGAAAGGGACUUUAAAUGUGACCAGUGUGACAAGACAUUUAAAAGUCAGUGGAGGUUGAGGUCUCAUACCAAACGUUACCAUGGUGACAAAAUGAAGAGUUACACGUGUGAGCAGUGUGGGGCACAUUUUCUAUUUGGACAUCUGUAUGCCAGGCACCAAGUGGUUCAUACAGGGGAGCGAGCAUUCAAAUGUGGAACAUGCGGCAAGACAUUUACCCAAAUGUCUUCACUGAAACGUCAUGAACAAUCACAUGCUGGGAUCAAGAAACAUGUGUGUCCACAUUGCGGAGUGAAGUAUUCCCAGAGGUACCCCCUAAGCCAGCAUAUGGAGAAACAACAUGGAGUCACAGCGUACCACUUGGAACAGAAAAGAGCUGACUACACCAAGCGUAAAAUGUUCUCAACAGAAGAUAGCACAACCGAACUAGCCAACAAAGGAAAAACAAAACCAAACAGUGAAGAGAGUGGUGAGAAGCAAAAAACAAAACCUAAGAAAAAGAGAAAGAAAAGUGAAAGUGAAGAUGAACCAAUCAAUGAAGAGAGUGGUUACAAACGAAAAACAAAAUCUCCCAAAAUAGUAAAGAAAAGUAAAACCAAAACUAUUACAAUGGAUGUUGAAAAAACUGAUCAACAUGUCGAUUUAUCUGAGAAAAUACUUCGCAGAAGUAAAAGGCCAAGGAAAGUAAAAUACAUUGAGGAAGAAACAAGUGAUGAAUUUGAUGAUAUUGUGCCUGCAGAUAAGAUAAAUGGAACUAUAGCAGAAUUUGAAGAAAACAACCCAGAGUUUGUUCAAAAAAUCAAAUAUCCGAUAAACUUCAAAAAAUGAAUAAGAAAUUAAACAAUAUUGACACGGACAAUACUUGUCAGAAUCCCUCACCAUUGUGGGGAGAUAGACAAAAUGUAGUCAGUACUUUAUUAUGGUAAUUACCAAUGAACCAUUGCACCAAUCAAUUGCUUUAUUAAGCCCUACUGAUUCUACCAUCACUCCUCUAUAUAAAGGGAUGGGGUCCAGAGACUUUGAGCAAGAGUAUCAAUUCCUCAGAUUGAUGUCAACAUAAUUUCUAAAAAUAUCUAUAAAAUCAUCCAAAUGCUCAUAUUGAUUUAUCAUAAGGACAUACAAAUAUACACAAAUGAAAUGAUUGGAUAAAUUGUUACCAUGUAGGCUUUAUUCAAUAAAAUUACAAUGCACAAAUUGGUACAGAGAGCUUUACAUGAAUGAUAUGGUAAGAAAAGUAUAGUUUUUAAUUUUAUUGUUAAUAACAUUUCUGGUGGAUGAAUUAUUAUUAUGUACAUAUAGGCCUUUACAAGACCAAAUUACUAUAUUAUAUAAUAGUGAUUUGGUUGAAAGGGUAUUGUAGGAACUUACUUCUAUUAUGUUAUUGAAUAUAAAAGUUGAUUAUAUUGUUUACAUAUUGAAUUGAAUAUACAGUGUAUUUAUUUAUUUCUGUUUUGCUAUAUUGUAUAUUGAAAAUUGUUUUAGAUGUUUUUAGUGAAUGUAUUGUUGCAACAGCAGAGAAUCUUUGUGAGAUUUAUUUUAUGUAGC